AUGGCUUCUUUCUCCAAGAGUUCCACCACAGUUCUAAUUGUGUUCUUGUUUACCGUAUUCUGCACUCUUCACAAUUUCUCAGUCUCUUCCUUUGAGUUCGAAGUUGGAGGCACCCAUGGUUGGGUAGUCCCACCAGCCAAUGACAGCAAAAUCUACAAUGACUGGGCCUCAGAAAACCGCUUCCAAGUUGGUGACACUGUCCGUUUUAGAUACAGGAAGGACUCAGUUAUGGAGGUGAAUGAGACAGAGUAUAAGAGGUGCAAUUCCUCUCACCCCAACUUCUUCUCCAACAAUGGGAAUUCAGUUUUCAGGUUGAAUCAGCCGGGUCCUUUCUACUUCAUCAGUGGAGUAUCCGGGCACUGCGAGAAGGGUCAGAGGAUGAUCGUAAAAGUGAUGUCACAUGAGGAAGAGUCUCCAUCUGGUGAUGGUGGCGGCAAAUCAUCAUCUGGUUCCCAUGUUGCAGUUUCUUCACUUGGAGUCUCUGCAUUAGUCUUUCUUCAGUUUGUGUUGUCAUUUGUUGCUUCUAAUGUUAUAUAG